UGUUGCAAUUUACUUUGGAUUAAUUUAAAUGAAACUAUGGAUAGUAUUUGAUAUUUACCACGAUCUUAAUAUAUCUGUUUUGCACUAAAAUUUAAAUUCUUGAGAAUGAAUGUUCUUAAUGGAGGUUUAAAAUGUAGCCGAAGAAUUUUGAGAAAUUCUUGUUUAGAUGUUGAAGUGAAACUGCUAUAUUUUUCGAAGAAUGAUAAGGAAGACAAAGUUUUUAUUUGCACAAAGCCAGUACAAAGAUCAAAAUUUCAGUGUAAGCUAAGCACCUCAAGCAAGCUUUUCGAUUUAGUAUUAUGGACACAAGUUCGAUUUCAACAGGGUCCUCCAAAACUGCAUCGUGAUAUCGAGCAUCCCAGCUUUGACCAUUAUAGGAAGAAUAAAUAUAAAGAUCUUAGUAAAACUACUUGGCAUUCUGGAGAUGACAAGAAGGGCUACACAAGUGUGAUUGGAUUUUUUGGCCUACUCUGUGGAAUGUAUGGAGUUAAAUCAGAAUUAACACAUUUUUUGAUGAGCAUGGCGGCGCCCGCUGACGUACGUGCUCUGGCUGCAAUAGAAAUCGAUAUAGGAAAUGUGGCUCCAGGUGCAUGCUUAUCUUACAAAUGGCGUGGAAAGCCCCUAUUCGUUAAGCACAGAACGCCUGCUGAAAUUUCUGCAGAGGCUUCCACUCCACUAACAUCGCUUAGGGAUCCGGAGACACCUGAACAGCGUACGCCAGAAAAACCCGAAUGGCUGAUUGUGAUCGGAAUUUGUACACAUUUGGGUUGUGUUCCUGUACCGAACUCUGGAGAUUGGACUGGAGGAUUUUAUUGCCCUUGCCAUGGCAGUCAUUACGAUAACGUCGGACGAACGCGAAAAGGCCCGGCUCCAUUGAAUUUAGAAGUCCCACCUUAUAAGUUUCUUUCUGAUACUCUUGUAAUAGUAGGUUAAGUUCGA